CGCUGGUCCAGCGUGGGCCUUGCUUGGUUGGAGAGGCCCAAAGCCAGUGGCCCCGCGGAGGCGGAGCGGGGCCAUGGCUGAAGCGGCUGAGCCCAGUGGGGAAUCCCAAGGCGCAGAGGUAAAAAGCCCGCAGCCUGAAGAGAGAGCGCUCGGGGGCUCAUCCAGGCGGAGCCCGCGAUCCGUGCUGAAAGUGUCCCAGCUGCUGCUGCGAGCCAUUGCUGCCCACAAAGGGCUGACCCUGGCUGCUCUCAAGAGGGAGCUCGGAAACGCAGGCUACGAGGUGCGCAGGAAGAACCGCCGUCACUCUGGCGAAGUUUCCAGGCCCGAGGUGAAGGGCACGCUCCUGCGGGUCAGUGGCAGCGAAGCCGCCGGCUACUUCAGGGUCUGGAAGAUUCCCAAGCCAAAGAGAAAGCCAGGACGCCCGAGACUGGAGGAGGCUGGCCGCUUGCCUCCGAGGAGGGCCCCCACUGGAUCCAGAAGCAUUCGGAGGCGCCACACGAAUCGCAAAGCUGCCAAGAAGGCCAGGGCAGUAUGGAGACAAAGCACGAAGGUAAACGGAAGGACAAGGAGGAUGAGGCCAAAAGCCAAGGAAAACGUGAGAGCCAGGAAGAUGGACGAGGGGAGAGGACGGGCCUCGAAGGAAGACACCAGGCUCGGGUCACGGGAGGAAACGAGGUCCAGCGUGAGGCAAAAUGAAGAGAAGGACAAGAAGAAGGCGGUGAAAUGCACCUCGCAGAAGCCAUCCCCGUUGAAAACGGACCGGGUUUCUGGGGGGCAGGGGAAGGCCAGCACCAAGGCUUCCCUGAAGUGUGAUGGGCCUCGGCAGGUGGUGGGGAGUCCGUAGUGUGGGAGUACACUACCCUUCUGCAAAUGCUCAGCGCUCAUGCUCGUUGAAAUGGAAAAGUAUUUGCAAGACCUUCCCACC